AUGUUUUAUUAUGGGGAGGAGAGUGGGACCCACCUCCUGGCUACUGAUUUGAUCUGGUGUAGCAGGUCUAGCUGUUCCUCACCAAUUGGGUUUUACUCUUAUACUGAGCGUGCUAAUAUAGAUAGAUUGAUCGGAAGAUUGAUAACCGUGGAAGAAAGAGGAAUCUUCGAGGAUGUGCAUAUGAUUAUGGUGGGUGAUCAUGGCAUGGUUGGCACUUGUGAUAAAAAGAUGAUCUUAGAUGAUUUGGUUAAUUGGAUCGAUAUUCCGACGGAAUGGGUUCAGUCUUACACUCCAUUGCUCGCGAUUCGCCCACCGGCUAAUUAUUCUUUGGCUGAUGUUGUGGAUAAGAUGAACGAGGGUUUGAAGUCGGGUAAAGUGAAUAACGGCGAAUAUUUGAAGGUUUAUUUAAAGGAGGACUUGCCGAGUAGGUUGCACUAUUCAGAUAGUUAUAGAAUCCCUCCGAUUAUUGGGUUGGUGGAAGAAGGGUUUAAGGUGGAGCAGAAGAAUUCGAAGAGUCAAGAAUGUGGAGGUGCGCAUGGUUACGACAAUGCGUUUUUUUCGAUGAGGACUAUUUUUAUUGGUCAUGGACCGGAAUUUGCUGUCGGUAGAAAGAUUCCGUCUUUCGAGAAUGUUCAGAUAUACAAUUUGGUUACUUCGAUUCUGGGAAUUGACGGAGCUGUCAAUAAUGGGACAUCCUCGUUUCCACAGGGUGUUCUUUUGCCUAGCCGUUGAAACUUGAAAAACUCCUUUAUCAUCCCCAAUCAAGUGGAACUACUUGGAGAAAUUGGACGGUUGAGAUUUUCCGUAAUGAUGAAUUAUCGCAAUGAGUUCAUGGCGAGAUUGAUGUAUAAGUAUUUAUUAAACUUCAUGCAUUUAUCAAGUUUGUUAGACGAAACCGAGUAGGUAUCGAUAUGUUGUGUAAUAUGCUCUCUGUAUUUGUAACCCUUUUACAAGGGGUAAUUUUUCGUCACUCGAUGAGUAGUUGAAUCUGUAAUUGUAAUCUUCUUGUUCAAGUAUUACCCUUUUACGUAUGAAUGCAUGUGGUUGAAGGGUAAGACUAGAGCGCCGUGUGUUCGAUAAAUUUAUUCGAAUAUACAAUCUUAAUUUGGUUUAUCA